AGAAGAGAAUAGAGCAAGACAGUCGUGCCGAGACCAAGAGCCACGGCGGUUCACAUCGCGAAUUCAAACGAAACGUCCGAAUCAGUCCACGUGACACACGCGCGAUCUCAUCAAUCUAUAUUUUUUGAUAAUUUAAUCUGGUAAAAAAAUAAAAAACACGAGUACUAUGCUUGAUCGUCAAAGACAAUUAAUUUUUGACUGCGAAAUCAAGUAAAUAAUUAUUCGAGAAAUUUUAUAUUGCACACUCGAAUCAAUUAUACAUUCCUAACUUGUUUAACAUUUAUUAUUUGACAAACUGUUCGAUCGCAAUAUGAUAGAUUGCGUAUAAAAGAGGACAAUAAAAGAAUAUCAGUGUGUAGUGUAACAAAUGCUUAUAGUAUGACGUCAAAUGCAAUUAGAGGCAUCAGAAGGAAGAAGAGUUCGCUGUGCGAAGUCAAAGUGGCUGUGAUAGGAGCGCCAGGAGUUGGCAAAAGCGCAUUGACAGUAAGAUUUUUGACAAGAAGAUACAUCGGGGAAUACGAUCAUCAAUCAGAAACAAGAUACAAACAUGAAGUGUUAGUGGACGGAGAACCUAUUCUUUUUGAGAUUUUAGAUACAUGCCCAAAGAGUGAAGAUGAAUUGCCAUCAAUGGAAACUUUGCAAUGGGCCGAUGGCUUGCUGCUAGUUUAUUCUAUAACAAAUAGAAACUCUUUUAAUUUUGUCAGAAAAGCAAAAGAAGCUUUAGCGAUAGCUGAUCCUGAAGCUGCGAUGCCUCUUGCUCUUGUUGGAAAUAAGGCUGACAUGGUUCAUUUACGGCAAGUCAGUGCUGAAGAAGGCGAAAUAUUAGCGAAGGAUUUCGAAUGCUGGUUUAGUGAAAUAACUGCUGCUGAACAGGUUGCUCAAGUCGCAGAAUCUUUUCACGAAUUAUGCAGAGAAGUUCUUGCAGCUAGAAGAAGAAAUAAACAAUCCUUGCUGGACAGAAUGCUUGGUAGUAAAGCAACGCGUGCUUAUUCGCGAGGAAAAAGUGAUUCUGCUUUGCCGAAAGAAUAAAAUCGUUGUUCCAAGUACUUGCACAUCACAAAUAUAAAAAAAAUGAAUGUCCUAUGAUGAAAAAUCAAUACAACUGUGUCUUAAAAAAAUUGAAAUUAUAAAUGCCAAAGAAAAUAUCAGUUUUAAAUUUGUACAAUAAAACAUUUAUAUAUAUAUAUUGACAUGUAGUGACAUAUAGAGAAUGUAUAAAUCUUUAAACAUUUUUAUAAUAGAAAAAAUAUACUUAAAUUUCAACUAAAGUUAAAAUUCCAAAAUGUGAAGAUAUCUAAAAGUUAAAAUUUUUUAAGAAAAUUUUCAGAAAUAAGUACAAUAUAAUACACAGAAUAGUCA